AAAAUAUUGCCAGAUUAUUUAUUCUCAGCUCGAGUCAUGAUAUCUUUAAGAAUGUGUGUUUCAUGCACUUUGAAGGGUGGUCGAGCAGACUGGCUAAUUGAGAAAUGUACAGAGCUCGGAGCGAGCAGUGUCACACCACUUUUAACGGAAAGAUCAUCCAUAAUCUCUGAAAACCGGGUUGACAGAUUAGAACGUGUUAGUUUUGCCGUGGCUACGCAAUGCCAAAGACUUCAUCAAAUAGUACUGAACCCUCCUAUCAAAUUUGUUACCCUCUUGGAUCAUCUGAAGCUACACCUCUUCUCAAUGCAGUUAACUCCUCAGCAAAAGAAUCCAGCGGACUAUUAAUCGUUGGAUCAGAAGGCGGUAAGAAAUCCUUAUUCAAUAAAUUUCUGAUGUGGCUCUCUCUUAAAACGUCUACUGAUUUGCUACACUUUUGGGAUUAGUGCUCGAGUAGACACAAAAUGGACAGUAGCUAAUGGCUCUUGUUGAUGACUUGUCUCAAAUAUAUAAUAAGUGUGUUACAAUCUAACGGUCAACUAUGAAAUUGAAGCAAACUUCACGAAGAAAGAGGUGGAGAUGAUGCUCUAAGCUGGCGGCAUAGCUGUUGGACUCGGGCCACACCGGUUGCGAGUUGAGACUGCAACCAUUGCUCUUUUGGCAACUCUAGUGAUGUGGUAUGACUAUAAUAUAAAUUACAUUUAGUUAAUCGUUAUUUAACUA